AGUUUGUUCAAAGUUAAAUGAACAUUAAACAUUUUCAGUCUUUAUCUUCUACAGUAAGUUACUGGCAACCAGCUGCAUAAUGACAGCUAAUAUUUUACAGUUAUAUAUACCAUAAUAUACCUGUAGCAAAUUUCAAAGUGUAUUUGUUGCUUGCAUAGCCUAAUCCCAUUGUAUACCUAAAAGCAAAGAUAUUGGAUCCAUAUCUCAAAAAGGAACAAGGCAGCUAAAGCUGAUCCUGGAACAGCAUAUAUACCCUAAGAGAUGCAGAGAGGCAGAAUGGAGGAUCUACCAGAGUAUCACGGAGACAUCAGUAAAAGAAAAGCAGAAGAGAUUUUGAGUGUGGCUGGCAGAGACGGCAGCUAUCUGAUCAGAGACAGCAAAAACUUACCGGGUUCUUACUGCGUGUGUGUGCUGUUGGGCGAGUGGGUGUACACCUACAGAAUCUUCAAACAAAAUGAUGGCUACUGGACAAUAGAGACAGCACCUGGGACAAAGCAAAGAUACUUUAGGAAAGUCAGAAACCUUAUUGCUGCUUUUAAGGUCCCGGACCAAGGAAUCAGCUUUCCGCUCCUGUAUCCUGUGAAUGAUCCAAAACAUCAACAAUAACACAAAGAUAAAAACCUGAAAACACAUCAUGUAUAUAUGUUGUAUAUAUUUGUAAAUCAUUGUCUUGUGUAAGUACAGUCUAAUGCACAGUUUGCACUGCCCCGUUGCUAUUUUGAUUUCAGAUUUCAGAAGGGUUUUUUGUAAAUAUGGAAAGCUCAUUUCCUCUUUAUAGGAUGUUAAUAACAACAACAGAAACGUGUAUUAUAAUGUCCAUCUUUGGUUUUCUGAGACUAGAUUCUGAGAUUAAAUUUUGUUUAAGUGUUUUAGAAUAAGUUUCAGUUAGCACUCCUGUUACAAUUAUGUUAAACAAUAAACAUUUGAUUUCUAAAGAGCUUUGUGUGAUCAAAUUCACGUAUUAUCAAAAUAAUGUCUACAUCUGGCCUAUUUGUUCAAAGUUUCUUCACUGAAAGCAAUUUCUACGCAAAAACUUCAGGUGCAAAACCCUCUAAGUGCAUCUGACAUGUUUUCUUGUAAAUGAGCUUUUUUAGCAGGGUAGUUUAGGUUCAGUAAUGUUCACUUUAAUGGCAAUAAAAACUUUCACUGCAAAACC